UUCGCGGGAACGAGUCGCUCUUCGCGUCGCGAGGCGGAAGCAACGAUCAGCGUCGUCGCGAUGCAGCCGGGGAUAUUUUCAGGUUGCACACAACCGUGGAGACGGUAACAUUUCAGAGAAAAACAUCGCGCUGGUAGCCGGAUACAUCAUGUCAACGAAACAAGUGACCUGCAGGUAUUUCCUGCACGGGGUCUGUCGAGAGGGCAGCAGGUGUUUGUUCUCUCAUGAUCUGGCCACGAGCAAGCCCUCCACCAUCUGUAAAUACUACCAGAGAGGAGUGUGCGCGUAUGGAGACAGAUGCAGAUAUGAUCACGUCAGACCCCCCGGCCGCGGCGGCCCUUCAGCAGAGCAGCCCAACAGAAGCAGCAGCAGCAGCAGCGCAGGAGCCUCGGCCCCGGGACCCGGCCCGUCAUCAAACACAGGCAAACAUGCCAAGAAACCUCUGGUGCUGAGAGACAGAGCGCUGGGCUCCGACGGCAGAGAGGGGCCCGAAGUGAGGGACUGCUGGGACGACAAACCUCACACUUACCUGGACGCCAUCCGCUCGGGCCUGGAGAGUUCGGCCGGCGCCGGCCCGUAUCCCGACGCGGGCCCGCAGCCGCAGCUCUGCCCUUACCUGGCCGCGGGACACUGUCACUACGGCGACCGCUGCCCCUAUCUCCACGGCGAUAUGUGUGAAAUAUGCCGGCUGCAGGUUUUGCAUCCGCAUGACUCUGAACAAAGAGCAGCGCACGAGAAGAUGUGCAUGACGGCGUUCGAGCUGGACAUGGAGCGGGCGUUCGCGGCGCAGCAGAGUCAGGACAAGCAGUGUAAGAUCUGUCUGGACGUGGUGUAUGAGAAGGCGUCUCCGUCCGAGCGGCGCUUCGGGAUCCUCUCCAGCUGCUGCCACACGUACUGCUUGAGCUGCAUCCGGCAGUGGCGCUGCGCUGAGCAGUUCCAGAACCAGAUCCGCAAGUCCUGUCCCGAGUGCCGCGUGGUGUCCGAGUUCGUCAUCCCCAGCGUGUACUGGGUGGAGGACCAGGAGGAGAAGAACCGGCUCAUCGAGGAGUUCAAGUCUGGAGUCAGUAAGAAGCCCUGUAAGUACUUCGAUCAGGGCAGAGGAACGUGUCCGUUUGGAGGCAAGUGUUUCUACAUGCACGAAAAACCCCGCAAACAGCUGAGCGCAGAGGGGAACGUGCGGUUUCUGAACUCAGUGCGUCUGUGGGACUUCAUCGAGGAGCGCGAGCAUCGCGGGACGGCGCAGGACGAGGACGAGGUCACUGAACUGGGCGAGCUCUUCAUGCAGCUGUCAGGAGCCGGAGACCAGAGCGGCUCGGCAGCGUCACAUUGAUCACAUGACUCACCUGAAACAUCCGGCCGAUGAACGUGUGUCGACAGCUCAUCGACGACCACAGUUUACAAGAGCUAAAGCAUAAAGUACAUCCAUAUCCAUAUGAAAUUAAAGCACCUUGGUGGUAUCUGUAGGCUGCGAUAUUGCAUUGGGAUUUUGCCAGAUUUUUAACGUAAAGUCCAAAGACGAAUGUACGAUGAAAACAUGAUUACUAAAAUAAAUUUUCAAAUGCACUCCAGUAGUGUAUGAAGUGUAUUACAGAAAUAGUUUAGUGUUUAAAAAAAAAAAAAAAAAAGAUUAGCUAGUAAUUGUUGCACUUAGUUCAUAUAACGUAUAUUCAUAACUUUAUAACUUUUGGGCAUCAUGCAAUAUUGCUGUGGUUAAAAAAAGUAACCGUUGACUUUGUCACCAGUGAAUGGAGCGAGCGUUUGGAUUAUAGUUCUGAUCUCAUCGUGCUGAAUUCACUCAUCUGGUCUACUCUUGAAUCUGAUCAUGGGUUAUUAUACUGCGUUUUCUGAAGUGUAUUGUUGAGUGGCGCUGGAGGGAGUGUAAUAAAGCGUUUAGCGACCGA